AUGUCCGGGAAUGAAGCUGAAACAGUGGAAUCCUUAUCGGAGCUGCACGCAGUGGGAUCAUUCGCACAGAUCAAUGUUAUGGGUGAUAGCGGUGAUAAGAUUGAACUUGUUCUGGUAGCUGAAAGGCGAAUACGAGCUUUGGAGCCAGUGAUCGAUGAUGUCGAUUCAACGUAA